AUGGCGCUGGGGACAACCGAGCCGCUCCUCCUCCAGCCCCCGGAGCAGCGCCGGCGUCCGCCGGACUGGCUCGCGUGGGGGCUCCCGGCGGCAGUUCUGAUACUGCUGCUACUCUCCGCCUCCGGUCCUCUCCGUCCGCCGCUUUUCCGCGUGCCGCCGCCGGAGACCGUCCCGCUGACCCUGCUCGCCGGCGCGCAGGAGAAGGGAGCGGUGUGCUUGGACGGGACCCCGCCGGGGUACCACCUGCAGAGAGGCUCUGGCGACGGAUCCAACCGCUGGCUCAUCCAUCUAGAGGGUGGAGGCUGGUGCAGCACAAUCAAGGAUUGUUCCAACCGCAGAAUGUACGCGCUCGGUUCAUCCAAUUUCAUGAAACCGAUACGGUUUGCCGGUGCUGGGAUCCUCGGCAGUGACCAGCUGCAAAAUCCUGAUUUCUACAACUGGAACAAAGUGUUUGUGAGGUAUUGUGAUGGGGCGUCGUUUUCUGGGGACGCGGAAGGUCGAGCACAGGAUGGAAGCACACUUCACUUCAGAGGAUUGCGCAUCUACCAAGCGGUUAUUGACGAACUCAUGGAAAAAGGACUUGCCAAUGCUACACAGGCCCUCCUCACAGGCUGUUCUGCUGGUGGUCUAGCCACGAUACUGCAUUGCGAUGAUUUCAGUGCACGGUUUUCUCUCAAUGUUUCAGUUAAAUGCCUCGCUGAUGCUGGUUUUUUUCUUGACGUAAAGGAUAUUUCUGGGAAAAGGUCCUUUUGGUCUGUCUAUGAUGGCGUUGUUCACCUCCAGAAUGUUAGAGAAGUGUUGCCCAAGGACUGCCUUACCAACAAGGAGCCAACCGAGUGUUUCUUCCCCGCGGAGCUUAUUAAGAGCAUCCGGACCCCCAUGUUUAUUCUCAACUCGGCGUACGAUUCAUGGCAGAUACGAAAUGUUCUUGUACCAGUUUCAUCGGCUCCUGAUAAGCCGUGGUCGAGUUGCAAGGAUAAUAUCCGGAACUGCAAUUCCACACAAAUCAAAGUCCUUGAUGGCUUCAGGAACACAAUGGUGGGUGCAUUCAAGGUUGUCGAAUAUAAGGAGGACUGGGGAUUGUUCAUUGAUUCAUGCUUCACUCACUGCCAAUCCCUAUAUGGCAUCUCUUGGAAUUCAGAAAUCUCCCCGAGGCUUGGAAAUAAGAGCAUUGCAGAGGCCGCAGGAGAUUGGUACCAUGGAAGGAGCCAAGGAGAGAAAGAGAUAGACUGCGAGUAUCCAUGCAAUCCAACAUGCAGCGGACAGUUGCCUCCAUGA